UCCAUUGUUGUCUCUAUCUGGUAAUUUGCAAAUUUUCUGUGACAGGUAGCCAGCGCAACGAAAAAUGAACUAUAAAUUGGCAAAAAUACGACAGUGAGAAACUUUACGGUUGGAUUCAUGACUUUAUGUUGAAUUCUACACAAAAGUACAUUGGAUGCAUACAGGAGCAGAAAGUGGUCGACUGUCGUUGAAAGCCAUGAAAACAUUGGAACAAAUCAAACACGAAUUUCCACUCCACUGGCUGGUAUGGAGCAACAGCGUUGACGAGUUAGAGCGGGCGUUAAAAACGGAAACGGUUGACAAGGAGAAAAUCGAUACUCGGGGACGAACCCCACUGAUGUUAGCAGUAAAAUUAUCACACUUGCAAUGUGCAAAGUGCCUUUUAGCGGCGAAAUGUAAUGCCACUUAUGAACACGAGGGAUGGUCAAUUGUACAGGAAGCUGUUUGCUCCGGCGAUGAGGAUAUACUGACUGCCAUCAUUGAAGUACGAGACUUGCAACGUCAUAUGCAACGUGUAACGCAUGUUCCCAAAUUAUUACAACAUCUUUUGGAUGCGCCUGACUUUUACAUUGAAAUGAAAUGGGAAUUCACUUCUUGGGUUCCCCUAAUGUCUCGCCUUUGUCCCAGCGACACCUAUAAAGUUUAUAAACGUGGUGCGAACGUCCGAAUCGAUACCACUCUACUAGGUUUUGAUAACAAUACCUGGCAAAGAGGGAAUCGUUCAUACAUCUUUAAAGGCGCGAAGGACUCUGCUACCAUGAUUGAGAUCGACCACGAUACUCAUGAAGUAAUGGAGGAGCAAAUGAAUAACGAAAUAGGAGAUAUUGUGGCAAUACCGCCCCCAAUGGGAGCUGUCCGUGCUCGUCUUAAUGCACCUGUUAUUACCAAUAACAUUGAAAUGGAAAAGAUUAGUUUUGAGCGAAACAAAUCGGGAAUAUGGGGUUGGCGUAGCGAAAAGUCUGAGUUGGUCAAUGGAUACAAUUGUAAAGUUUAUGGUGCCAGUAAUGUUGAGUUUAUAACGCGCACCCGCAUGGACCAUUUAAAUGACGAUCAAAUUAAGAGUAAAUGCGGGCGUACUCCACUGCAUAGUUUUUUAGGAAUAGCUGAUGAUGAAUUUUCCAGUACUCGUCCUAAUGAGGGACUAAAUACCAAAGAUCGGACGCCUUCUCCAUCCCCUGUGACCCCAUUACUUGAUCAAAGCUUUGAAAAUAGCACGGGCGAAGAGAAUGCCAGUUGCAGUUCAGGCACUAUUUCACCUAAGCAUGUUAUUACACCAGAAGAGUAUUUUUCCCCCGAUGUCGAUUUAAAUGGGCGUGACAUUGGACGACCAAAGAAAGUCACAACAAAGAUUCAGAGAUUUAAGGCUAAUUUAUGGCUCUCCGAGGAGUAUCCUAUGCGGCUGCAAGAACAAGUUCUUCCUAUACUAGAUUUAAUGUCAACCAUGGCUAGUCCACAUGUGUCCAAAUUGAAAGACUUUAUCACUAUGCAACUGCCAUCCGGGUUUCCAGUGAAAGUUGAAAUCCCACUCUUCCAUGUCUUAAAUGCAUGCAUUACAUUCGGAAAUGUAUUUGGAAUGACAAACCCAAUAGAACAUGUAACCACAAUUAAUGAAGAUGAUCGCAUAACUUGCAUUGUAGAUGACCGUUGUUUCGAUAUACCAAAUCAUUACGCCAAUAGAGACGCAGACUCGCGUCGUCAAUUACCUUUGGAUGAAGACGAUAUGCUGCAAUAUGCAAUUGAACAAAGUUUAGUAGAAACGACGGCUGGUGCUGCUUCUGUCCCUUUAGUUGCUGAGGAUACCGACAAAGUAGAUAUAUGGGAGGCUUUACGUGGUCAGGGGGCAGACGGAAUUCCAUAUGAAGACGAACAGUUGCAGAGGGUAUUGCAGGAGUCAUUGUGCGGCCCAGCACAAACCACUGCAUCCCCACUCACCGAUGAAGACGACGACGACGAUGGCGGUUUCCGUUAUAUGGACCCGGAUCUGGCAAUGGCCAUGCGGCUUAGUCAACAGGAUCAAGAGCAGUAUGAAUUGGAGUUACAGCGUGAACAAGAAAUGAUUGAGCAGGCGCUAAAACUGAGUCUUCAGGAAAACUAAAUCAUUUAUAUGUGAGGAACAAGUGUGUGCAUAUGAUGCAUCCUUAAUAUAAUUUUCAUUCGAAAUAUUUUCGAAUUUAUAUAAAUAUCAAUCACUAACCACUACAUCCAAUAUAAAUUAAGAAAGAGGAAUUUAAUACAAUAUUUUUAAGCAGGUUUAAAAUUCAUGACUUUGUCCGUUAAACGUGACAAAGCUUUAAGAAAUUUUGCUUUCUAUAAUUCUGAGUUGUUUCGAACAAUCGUGUAUUGUAUCUAGUGCAUAAAUACCAUACACAAAUUUUCAUUGCAUGUUCUUGAAUUAUUAUUAAAGAUAACAUACGAUAAGCUGAAAUGGUUUGUUUUUUUGAGCAUUUGUACGAUUUAUUUCUAUGUACAUAUGAAUGUACCUUCUGCUCAAUUAGGACCAGACGUUAUCAAUAAAACGGUCCGCGGAUGACAUAUGGCAAAAAUAAUUUUUUUGUUUUUUGGUAGGACUGUUAUAAGCUUACAUGGUCAAUUUCAGCGUGAUAUGUAACAUAGUUUGUUUUCUGUGCUACUGUAAACAAGUCAAGCUCGAGUGUGUUCUUCGAAUUUAACGAUGGAAAUUCAAGUUGAACAAAGAAUUUGUUUGAAAUUUUGUUAUUCCAGUGGUACAAAUCGUUCAAAGAGGGCCGUACAUCGGAAAAGUAAAGGAAAUUGUGCUUGAAAAUCGCACAAAUCGCAAAAUCGGUUAACGCUGAAUAUUAUUUAGACGUUUUAAAGCGUUUGCGCGAGAACAUUCGUCUUAAAAGGAAGGAAUUGUGGGAGAACAAGUCAUUGUACUUGCAUCACGAUAAUGCACCAGCUCACACAUCA